AUGGCCCUAACCUCUGCACUCUUUCACCUUCUCCCCUUUCUAUUAUUAGGUAACAGAGCAUCUGCCACAGUCUUUUCUCUGGAGAAUCAUUGUAGUCACACAGUUUGGCCCGGGAUACUUUCCGGCAACGGCGCCACCAUUCUCGGCGACGGCGGCUUUCCCCUGCCGCCCGGAUCGUCGGUCCACCUUUCCGCACCGUCCGGUUGGUCUGGCCGGUUCUGGGCCCGGACCGACUGCUCCUUUGACGACUCCGGCUCCGGAAAAUGCUCCACCGGGGACUGUGCCGGAGGCCUGAAAUGCACUGGCGGAGGAGUCCCGCCGGUGACGCUGGUGGAGUUCACGAUCGGAACCUCUGGCAACGGCAACAAGGACUUCUACGACGUGAGUCUCGUGGACGGUUACAACGUGGGAAUGGGAGUGCGGGCGACCGGCGGAACCGGUGACUGCCAGUACGCGGGGUGCGUGGCGGACCUGAACGGCGAGUGUCCCACGGAGCUUCAGGUGAAAGACGGAGGUGGCACGGUGGUGGCGUGCAAGAGUGCGUGCACCGCGUUUAACACGGCGGAGUUUUGUUGCACCGGCGAGCACGGGACGCCGCAAACAUGUUUGCCGACACAGUAUUCGGAGAUUUUCAAGAGUGCGUGUCCAACAGCGUACAGUUACGCGUACGAUGAUGCUUCCAGCACUUGCACCUGUUCUGGAUCUGAUUAUGUUAUCACUUUCUGUUCCACGGGAUCAUCAUCGUAA